CUCAGAUCUCGUCAAGAUCAAAGGACGCGCCUCGAUCAAAACGUUCGAAACGGCGUGACGGUGCCGAAGGGCAUCAACGAACUGGCAGAGCGUCAAUCCCAAAGCCAUCGAGACCGACUGUCCCGGCACAGCGUACCACGCAACAUCAGCGAGCGAAGAUAUGCAGUCAUAGCUGUCUGAGACUGGGACGUCGGGUCACAAUGGCACGACAGUGGACGGAGGAGCGCCUGCGGCUCGCGCUCAGGACGACCUACACAGUCUGCAGAGCCGAGAAGGAGCCUUACAUCGGCAUAGACAUCAGCAAUGUCGUCGAGGAGAAGCUCCGUCAACGGCCACAAUUCGCCGGCUUUCAUUUCUUCGGGCCCAUGAUCCGUUCACGCAUCAUGAACGGCAAGACUGUCUACAAUGGCGUCAAGGAGCUCGAGAGGCUCUGCGACUAUGAUCGAAAGAGAGGCACUAGCGUCUCUGAAUCUGCUUUCGAGGCAGCUUGUGAGAAAGCAGGCCUGGACAAGAAACAUCUUGUCAAAGUGACCCGAAAGGGCCUCGAUCCAUAUUGGCUACACAUUUGGCACGACAUGGAUCGCUUCUACAAGCUACAAAAUAGACUGUACAAAGCCUUGGACGAAGACAAGUCGCUCACUGAUGCCGCAAAUACCGAAGAGAGCUCCUCAGAGUCAGGGGCCGACACACCCGUCAGACGGCUCACGCGGACAUCUAACCAGAGUACACCUGUCAAGGCUGUCAUCGAAGCUGUGCCCCGAAAUGGCCCAAGACCACCUCCUAGACUGACUUCAAAAUCUAAGUCAGCGCCGAACCCUGUUGCAAAGCAGGAUGCCAAAUCACAGGUGAAACCAUCAGUCAAACGGACACUCAAGCCAGAUCCUGACGCUCGAUCUGAUCUUCGCGAACGCACUCGCGAACGCAAGAGGGCGAAAGUCGUCCUGUCGGCCACACCUUCGCCGCCCAAUGGGCAGAGACCGAUAUCAAAAGUGCAACCCAACGUUGGCGCGCUUGAACAAUUCGGGUAUAUCAUGGCUCAGAUGCAGAUGCACCCCCAGAUCAAGUCGUAUCUCUCCAACGGCAAAUUCGAAGAACUCUAUUCCAUCGCGCUCAGGCGGUCUGAUUUGGCAAAGGCGAUCGUACCUCUUGUCGAUAUCAAGGAUCCCGGCCGUCUAUUGCUAUGCUUGCAAGCGAUCGAACGGAUGGCGACUCUUGAUGCAUUCGAUAGUCGGGCCAGAUCUAGCCUUCACGCACCCAUCGACGUCAAUGAUGCGCUCACCGGGAUCUCAUACGAGCGUUCUCCGAUGCCGAUAUGAGAUGCACGGCUUCCAUGCCCGCGGACAGUAUGUCAUUGCCGAUUGUUGUUGUGUGCACGU